AUGGCCUGUUUUACGGUUUACUUGGCUCUCAUUUCAGUUGUGGCACUGCCUAUCACUCUAAACGCAACGCCCAUCCCGUGGGAUGCAGAGUCACUUCUGGCUCUCAAACAGAGCUUCGUUGCCUUUCCUCUCCACGAUUGGCGAGAUGGAGACCUCUCUAACUUCUGUAAUUGGACGGGUGUGACCCGUGACAAUUCCAACCAGAGUGUAAUCGCUCUCAAUCUCCAAAACAAGGCCAUCUUUGGCUCAUUACCACUUAACUUCCCCACCUUUACCCACCUCACUACACUCAAUCUUUCCUCUAAUUCUAUAGCCGGUCCAAUUCCAUCCUUUGCCUUUGCCUCUUGUUCUGCUCUAGCUUUUCUUUCUCUCGACCAUAACAAUCUCACCGGAACACUUCCCUUAUCUCUCGCCAAUUGUACCGCGCUUAAAAUACUUAACCUGUCUGUUAACGAGCUUACUGGCCCUGUAUCUUCCAGCCUUUCGAAGCUAUCCAACCUGCAACAGCUCAACCUCUGUGAGAACAACUUUACAAGUCCAAUGACUCAAUCUCUGUCCAACUGUACCCAUCUCCGGAAGGAUUCCAGCAGAGAUAGGCAACUGUUGGGCGUUGGGGCUUCUGCUACUACAGAGCAAUCAGCUAAGCGGGGGCAUACCUCCACAGCUGGGUCGCUUACGCUUCCUAGUAGAAAUACGUUUGGAGCACCAUCAAUUGAAUGA